AUGUUCAUGUACUACCCAGGUGACCUCGGUGUGGUCGCUAUGAUACAAGAGAGCUACCUCAGAAACACUUUCCACGCGUUUGUGUCUUAUAGCCAGCACGAUGUUGACUGGGUGCGCAAUUCCCUUCUUCCCAACCUCGAAGGCCCCGCAGGAGGGCUUAGAAUCUGUCAUCACGAGAAAGAUUUUGUGCCGGGAAAGACGAUCAUUGAGAACAUCAUCAGCUGUGUGGAGAAAUGCAGGCGCUCUGUGUUUGUCCUCUCUGCUCACUUUGUCAAGAGCGAGUGGUGUCAUUACGAGCUCUACUUCGCCACCCACCAACGUCUCACUCUGGGCUCAGACAGCAUUGUGCUGGUACUGCUUGAGCCUCUGCCUCAAUACCUAAUCCCAUCCAAGUACUACCAGCUGAAGUCCAUGAUGAACCGCCACACAUAUCUGGAGUGGCCUCAAGACAGGGCAAAACAAAGGUUAUUCUGGGCUAACCUCAGAGCUGCCCUACAGACUGACCUGCCCAAUGCUCCAGUCACACAAGUACAGGAGCAUUGGGCAGAGGAAAGACUUGAAGAGAGACAGGGGUUAAUGGGGUAAAAAGGGGCUUCAAAAGUAUUUGGAUACACUGGAAAUACAUCGUAGCUACCCUGAAUCUUUAAAGACAUGGUCACCUAAUACCCUAUCUAUUCCAUCUAUUCCUCUUAUCCAAUUCAGGUUUACCCUAUAUCCCAGCUGAAAUAGGGUGAGAUGCUGGGUACAAGUCACUAGCCUGUCACAGGACUAACACAUAGAGAUAGACAAUCAUUCAUACUCACAAACACAAUUUAGAUUCACCAUUUAACACCAAUAACUGCUUGACUUUGGACUGUGAGAGGAAGCUGGAAUACCCAGAGAGAACCUAUGCAGACACAGGUAGAAAAAGUCACCACACAGGAAGGCCCCAGUUAGAUGGUUGAUUUGAACCCAGAACCUUUCUGUGAGGCAACAGUGUUCACCACCAUGCCACUCUUCUAGGUAGCAUGAAUUAAAAGAAGAAAUAAUAAUAUAAAAAAUA